AUGAAAGCUCAUAUUAUAAUUUUUGAUAUUUUUGUUUUUCUUUCGCCCUCUGUAAUUCUUUCUUUUUCUUUCUUUUUCUUUCUUUCUUUCUUUCUUUGCCACCACUUCUUUCUUUCUUUCUUUCUUUCUUUCUUUCUUUCUUUGCAAACCUCUUUCUUUCUUUCUUUCUUUCUUUCUUUCUUUCUUUCUUUUAUUUUUCCUUUCUUUCUUGCUUGCUUUCUUUCUUUUAUUUUUGUUCUUUCUUUCUUUCUUUCUUUCUUUCUUUCUUUCUUUCUUUCUUUCUUUGCCACCUCAUUCUUUCUUUUAUUUUUGUUCUUUUUUCUUUCUUUCUUUCUUUCUUUCUUUCUUUCUUUCUUUCUUUCUUUUAUUUUUGUUCUUUUUUCCUUUCUUUCUUUCUUUCUUUCUUUGCCACCUCUUUCUUUCUAUCUUUCUUUCUUUUAUUUUUGUUCUUUUUUCCUUUCUUUCUUGCUUUCUUUCUUUCUUGCUUUCUUUCUUUCUUUGCCACCUCUUUCUUUCUUUCUUUCUUUCUUUCUUUCUUUUAUUUUUGUGCUUUUUUCCUUUCUUUCUUUCUUUCUUUUAUUUUUAUUCUUUUUUUCCUUUAUCUUUAACUUAUUCUUUCUAUUCUACUUUUCUUUAUUUCAUUCAACUUUUCUUUUUCAGUCUAUUUUUCUUUCUAUCUUCAACCCUUUUUUCUUUUUUUUUUCAGUUAAUUUCUUUGGAUUUACUUUUUCAUUCUUUUUUUUAUUCAUUUUUUCUUUUUAUUCUUUUUCUUUCCGUUAA